AUGAACGAUCUAUCCAAACUAGGACGCAAGAUCAACCAGAAUGUUGGCCCCACCUUCGCAACGUACGCGCCCCUGCUCGCAGCACGUGAGGCAGCUAUUCACUCAACCCGUCACGAGACGUUUCAGUACGGCGACGACCCUCGGCAAGCCUUGGACGUUUACUAUCCAAAGUCGAACUCAUCCAGGGGGCCCAAGCCUGUCCUCAUGUGGAUAUACGGUGGGGGCUUCACCCAGGGUGACAAAGUCCUUCCGGGCUAUGCUAAUGGAACCGUCUAUGGCAACGUGGGGCAUUUCUUUGCAACCACGCUGAGUUUCACCGUCGUGGUUCCAAACUAUCGCCUUGUGUCUGACGGCGGCCGAUUUCCCUCAGGCGGGGAGGACCUCGCACUCGCGAUCGCCUGGGUGCGGGAUUGCUUGACCAAGCAAGACGGUUAUGGAUCCAUCAACCUCUUUCUCAUGGGGAACUCUGCCGGAGGGGUGCACUUGGCGACGUACCUUCUUCAUAGGCAAUUCAAUUCCUCGCGUGAGUCAAUCACCAAGUACACCCAGCAUGGAGUGAAGCUUCGGGCAGUCAUCUUCCUCUCAGUUCCUUUCCACUUCGAACAGGCGCCCAAAGAUAGAGUGGAAGCUUUGGAGGGUUACUUUGGUGGUAAAGACCUCAUGACGCCAUCUCCCCUGGGGCUUCUCAGAUCGAACAAGCUGGACAACGCAGUCGUCGAAUCUGGCGUCAAGUUCUCUGUCUGGACGGGGAGCUUGGAUCCCAUCGACGAGAUUCUAGGGCCAACAGCAGAUUUUCAGCGGGAGUGGGAGGGACCCAGUUUACAAUCUUUCGUGCUGAAUGGGCAUAACCACAUGAGUCAACAACUUAGCUUGGGCACUGGCAUAACGCAAGAGGAGGAGUGGGGAGUGGAGGUUGGCCGAUUUUGCGAAUUCAGCUGCCCAUAG